GGUAACUAAGGGCGCGGGACGGUUGCUAGGGCUCCGGUGGCACUACAGCGGAGCUUUGCCCGUGCCCAGGGUUGACUGUGGCGCGGCUCGCCCGCGGUGCGAGAAGGCGCACCUUUGCUCUGCACCGGCUCUCGGGUUUCCCGUACGUUUGCAGUCAUGAGCGGCGAAUUCCUGGCGGAGCUGCACUGGGAGGAUGGGUUCGCCAUCCCCGUGGCGAACGAUGAGAACAAGGCACUGGAAGAUGAGUUGUCAAAGCUGCAGAAUGAAAGAGCAAGCUUACGAGAUCAGUUACGUGACUAUGAAGAUCGAAUUAGUGCUAUGACGUCUCACUUCAAAAAUGUCAAGCAGGAGUUCUCAUUUACACAGUCUUUUUACAAGGCAAGGGAGCAUGAGAUUGAAAGUGAAGAACAUUUGAAGGCCAUUGCUCAAAGAGAAUUGGGACGAGUGAAAGAUGAAAUCCAACGACUGGAAAAUGAAAUGGCUUCUAUACGGGAAAAGAAAAGUGAUAAGGAAAAUGGCAUAUUUAAAGCAACUCAAAAAUUGGAUGGUUUGAAAUGUCAAAUGAACUGGGACCAGCAAGCACUGGAGGCCUGGUUAGAAGAAUCAGCUCAUAAAGAUAGUGAUGCCUUGAUUCUUCAGAAGUAUGCGAAACAAGAUGAUAAUAAAAUUAGGGCACUGACCCUGCAAUUAGAAAGACUAACUGUGGAAUGCAAUCAGAGAAGAAAGGUACUUGACAAUGAACUUACAGAGACUCUAAGUGCACAGUUAGAAUUGGAUAAAGCAGCACAAGAUUUUCGUAAGAUUCAUGAUGAAAGGCAAGAACUCAUUAAACAGUGGGAGAAUACAAUAGAACAGAUGCAGAAGAGGGAUCAAGACAUAGAUAACUGUGCUUUGACAUUAGCAAAGACAAAACAAGAAACAAGAGAAAAGGAAAAUUUGAUUAAGGAAAAGAUUAAGUUUUUGGAAAAUGAGAUUGGGAAUAACACAGAGUAUGAGAAAAAAAUAUCUGUUGCUGAUCGUAAACUUUUAAAAUGUAGAAUGGAGUAUCAGAACCAUGAAACUAAUAGAAGUCAGCUGAAGGAUGAGCUGGAUUCUUUAAAAGCCACUGUGAAUAGAACUUCCAGUGAUUUAGAAGCACUGAGGAAAAAUAUUUCCGAAAUAAAGAGGGACAGUCAUGAAGAAACUGUAAGGUUACAGAGAAUUAAAAAUAAUAAUCAGAAGGUAAAAAGGAAAUUAAAGGAGAUAACUGAGAGAACCAUGUCUGUAGAGGAGAAGGCUACCAAUUUGGAAGAUAUACUAAAGGAAGAGGAAAAAGGUGUAAAGGAAGUGGACGUUCAGUUGAAGCUCGUAAAAGAUGUGCUUUUUAAGAAAGUCCAGGCAUUACAGACUGAGACAAUGAAAGAAAAAGCUGUUGUUUCAGAAAUUGAAGGAACCCGUUCCUCUCUAAAACAUCUCAACCAUCGGUUACAUAGACUGGAUUUUGAAACCUUAAAGCAGCAAGAAAUUAUGUACAGUCAGGAUUUUUUAAUUCAACAAAUGGAAAGGAGAAUGUCACGGUUAAAGGGAGAAAUUAAUUCAGAAGAAAAACAGGCCCUUGAAGCAAAAAUUGUUGAACUUAAGAAGUCAUUGGAGGAGAAAAAAUUGACAGUUGGCCUUUUGGAAACACAGAUCAAGAAGCUUCAUAAUGAUCUUUAUUUUAUCAAGAAGUCAAACAGUAAAAACUGUGAUGAAAAGCAGUCCCUUAUGGAUGAAAUAAAUGGACUAACCCUUUUCAUUGACAGAUCUGAGAAAGAACUUCAAAAGACCAAAGCUUGUAAACAGGAUUUGAUGAUAGAGGACAAUCUUUUAAAACUUGAAGUUAAACGUACUCGAGAAAUGCUUCAUAAUAAGGCAGAAGAAGUUCUUUCCCUGGAAAAAAGAAAACAGCAAUUACACACAGCUAUGGAAGAGCGAACUGAAGAAAUUAAAGUUCACAAAGCAAUGCUUGCAUCACAAAUAAGAUAUGUUGAUCAAGAACGGCAAAACAUAAGCACUGAGUUUCAUGAGCGGCUAAGUAAAAUUGAUAAGCUGAAGAACAGAUAUGAAAUUCUUACUGUUGUUAUGCUGCCUCCUGAAGGAGAAGAGGAGAAAACACAGGCCUAUUAUGUAAUAAAGGCUGCUCAAGAAAAAGAAGAACUUCAAAAGGAAGGUGACAGUUUGGAUGCUAAGAUCAACAAAGCUGAAAAAGAAAUCUAUGCUCUAGAAAACACCCUGCAGGUGCUCAAGAGCUGCAACAACAAUUACAAGCAAUCUUUUAAAAAAGUGACUCCAUCUAGUGCAGAGUAUGAGCUAAAAAUUCAACUAGAAGAACAAAAAAGAGCUGCUGAUGAAAAAUACAGGUACAAACAAAGACAAAUCAGAGAACUGCAAGAAGAUAUCCAGAGCAUGGAAAAUACUUUAGAAGUUAUUGAACAUGUAGCAAAUAACAUCAAAGAAAAAUUAUCAGAGAAGCAGGCUUAUUGGUUUCAACUAAAUAAAGAAACUGAGGAGCAGAAGCCAAAAUUAGAAAGAGUAACUAAACAGUGUGCAAAACUCAUAAAAGAAAUACGUCUUUUGAAAAACACAAAAGAUGAAACACUAGAAGAACAAGACAUCAAAUUUCGUGAGGUGAAAGAGUUUCACAAGAUCAUUGAUGAAAUGCUACUUGAUGUCACAGAAGAAAAUGCUGACAUCCGUACUGUCCUUCAAACAUACUUUCAACAGGGUGGGUUGGAACUACCUACAGCUAGUACUAAAGGCAGUCAUCGGAGUUCUAGAUCUCCUUCACAGACUUCACUGUUAUCAGUAAGGUCAUCUAGGAGUACAAAUACUUCUGCUUCUCAGACUUCAAUUAAAGUAUUACAGAUCAACUUCCCGGGCUCCUCUUCACUAGCAGACGGUGCUUCUAGGCCAGCUACUUCUGCUAGUAGUAGCUCUAGUAAAAAAAGCAGCAAGUAAAUAUUUUAACCUUUUGAACAAGUUGUAAACACACAAAACUUUUAUACUUUAGAAUACAAAAUGACCAAACAGGUUUUAUCCAGUGAGAAGUGAAAAAACUGAUAGUUAAAAAAACAUCAAGUAAUUUUUUUAUUUUUCCUACUAUUUUCUUCAUACAGAUGGAAAACAAUAGCAGAUUCUUGACAAAGCUAUGUUACAUCCACAUAGGGAAAUGGUGUUUUUCACUGUAAUUUUGAAGUUUGUAGUGUUAGAAAUUUUUAAAGAUUCAUUGUACUAUUAAGAACUUAUAACAAUAUGGAAAUUCUCAACCUAGAAGAUCCCCAAAUUAGGUUUUCUUUAUUCAAAAAAAAAAUUUUUUCCCCCAGACUUUUGGGAGAAAAAAUCUGUUGAAGGCAAUUCCUUUUUUUGGUAUAAUUUUUAACCAAAAAGUAGCAUUACCUCCUCCCCUCAAAGAAAACUGAAAGGAGAAACACUGUAUAUUGAUAAAAAGUACAGCUUAAAUUUCUAAGAAUUUCUUAAAUCCAUUCUGACAUUGAAAGAAAUCAUACACAUUAAAGAUUUCCUCACAGAUACAGCCAACCAAGCAUAUAAAAUAUUUUAAAAAUUUUCUUGAUUUAAUAAACAAUUUAAAGCAAGCUAAGUAUGAUUUGCAAUAGGAAUUUCAUAAAUUUACAGCGGAGGUAGACCACCAGAUUUAGAAUUAGUUUUUCCAGUUAAUACUUUACAUGUAUAAUAUAACAUGUGCCCAAUGCUUUGAACUUUUGAAAUAGAGUAUGGAAUAUUAUAAAACUGGGUUUUCAAAUAAAUAUAUUAGAAUCCAUGUAUUUGCUUUCUUCAAAUCUUGGAAAAAAUAUUCAUUACAAUUGUCAUUUAAAACUGUCAUUUUCAUUUCCUUCUAAAAAUUAGUGGUAAUGAAUCUGUUUCUCCUGAUUAUUAUUUUGUUUUAGAAACAGGAAAAGGUAUACCAAAGUCCAAUGGAUAAGAUGGCUAGAGAAAGCUGGAUAAUAUAAUUUUUGGCUAAAACACUGCUCUAAAUGCAUGAGAUUUAUAGGAUCUAAAAACUGACUAACCUCAGUCACUUUGUUCACCAGUUUUUUUCCUUUCUAUUUUACUAUAUUCAAUCCUCCUUCACAGAAUACCACCAUUCUUAUUCUGUCCUAUAUUAGUUUGUAAAUUACUUGGAACUUGAAAGAAUAUUAAACACUGUAUUCUAUGAAGGCAGGGGUUGUCUUAGCUCUGUGACUUUGGGCAGUUACUUUUCUAUGCUUUUUUCCCUUGUUUGUAAAGUUACCCACAUCAUAAAUUUACUAAAAUUAGAUUAAUAUAUGCAAAAUCCACAGGGCUUGACAUGUAGUAACUGCACUACAACAACUUUUACCUAUUAUUGAGUCAACCUCCAGAGGCUAACGCAGUAUUUGUGGAAUGGAAUGGUUAGGUUCUUAGGCUAGCAUACAAGUCUACCUUUAACCCUUAAAUAACAGUU